UACGCUCCUGGAGUGCCAACAUUACAGAUAGCAAUCACUAACAGAAAUUCAGUAAAUAGCUUACUUUCGCAUUGUUGAUAUUAGGGUAUAAAUAUUCCGAAUGGAAUUCAUUAAAGUCAUUAUUAUCGAGAAACAGGAAAUAAGCGGAAAUAAAAACUGACGCAUAAGAUCAGGCGUCGGUAGAUUUAAGUAGGCUCACCUACGUGUUACGUGUUAUUGUUGAGCAUUCCAAUAGAUUUUUUUCACGUUUGGUUCAUUUCCAUGAAGACCGACCGCCUUUGGCAACAGGAACCAUUGGCAGGCAGAUAGCAGUAGCGGAUGCGUAAUUGGCUUUAAUACCUGCUAGUCAAAUAAUAAGGGGCGGGGUUAUGGGUGUACAGCCACAAGGGCAAGCGAAUAGGAUAAAUUCACACCGGAGCGCUGCUUUGGUGGAUGGGGAGUUUGACAGAUAAAUGACGCGUUCUUGUUAUCUGUGGUCUCAUGAAGAUGCCAGCGACAAUGCGUACUCAACAGACAUCUCAUUUUAAUCUAAACAAUGAUAUUUUAAAAACAGCAACAUGUGAACUGUAGAUGGGGAUAUAGAAACCAAGUAAAGCAUAGCAGAUUCCAAUUAAAUUAGAUUACUGGAUUGGCUGCAACAGAUUAUAGCUCGUCUUUCUGCACAACGCUUGGUUCACAGGGUCUGGGAAGAGACAUUUCUCACCUGCCGAAAUCAUCAUUACUAGACAGGCAACCAUGCUAACAGGCUUUAUCGAUGGACUCCUGUGCUGCCUUACGGGGAAAUCUGCCAAUGUUGUUGUACCCAUCGAGACCUCAGAACCAGCAGAUGGCUUCGAAUUUGUGGAGGUGAAGCCAGGGAGAGUGCUACGGGUGCGGCACAUCAUCCCAGAGAGGCCGGCAGUGAUGGAGCAGGUGACUGGUCAAGGGGGUACAGUGCACUGCAAGCGGAAGAUCACGGUGUACCGCAAUGGGCAGAUGGUCAUUGAAAACAUGGGUGACAUUCUACGCCCCGAGCUCCUCCACUGUCAGAACGGCGACACGGAGCCAAGCAGCACUGUGGAGGUGGACCUCUUGGACUCUAGCGCUCCUGCCACUUCCACAAGCACCCCUGACCCCAAUUCAACUCCCCCACCUGGACAGGAACAGCAAGAGCAGCCUGCGCCUCGCCAAAGGCGACGCAAACCCAAGCGCACAGUGGUCAUAGACUGCGAGCAGAAGAUCUCCAGCUGCAAAGGCACCCAUUCUGACGUGGCCCUCUUCUUUGUGCACGGGGUGGGCGGCUCGCUGGACAUCUGGGCGAGUCAGCUGGAGUUCUUCUCCUGCCUUGGCUACGAGGUCAUCGCCCCUGACCUGGCUGGCCACGGGGCGAGCUCUGCUCCCCAGAUUGCGGCCGCCUACACCUUCUAUGCCCUGGCUGAGGACAUGCGCGCCAUCUUCAAGCGAUACGCGAGGCGACGCAACAUUCUCAUCGGACACUCCUACGGGGUGUCCUUCUGCACCUUCCUGGCCCAUGAGUACCCAGAGCAGGUUCACAAGGUGGUGAUGAUCAAUGGUGGAGGCCCAACAGCCCUGGAACCCAGCCUCUGCUCCAUCUUCAACCUUCCUACCUGUGUGCUCCACUGUCUGUCCCCCUGCUUAGCCUGGAGUUUCCUCAAGGCUGGGUUUGCCCGUCAGGGUGCCAAGGAGAAGCAACUUCUGAAAGAGGGCAAUGCUUUCAAUGUGUCGUCCUUCGUUUUGCGGGCUAUGAUGAGCGGGCAGUACUGGCCAGAGGGGGAUGAGGUGUACCACGCAGAGCUCACUGUGCCCAUCCUGCUGGUGCAUGGAAUGCAUGACAAGUUUGUGCCCAUCGAAGAGGACCAGCGCAUGGCUGAGAUACUCCUCCUGGCCUUCCUGAAAGUGAUUGAUGAGGGCAGCCAUAUGGUGAUGAUGGAGUGUCCAGAGACGGUCAACACCCUUCUGCAUGAGUUCUUUCUGUGGGAGCCUGACACCUCCAAUGGCUCCAAAACAAAACAAGAACCUGCCAAGCCUGCUGCCGACAGGAAUCCUCUCUCCAAUGGGCAAGUACAGCCAAUAGCGGAGGGCAAGGACAAGAACAAGUAACCAAUGGGCAUCCUUAGAAAAACCAAUACAGAAAAAAAUGGUUGCUUAUUUCAUGGCUGGCUGUGCUGAGCAAUGUCUGCUCACAGGCUGAAAGCUGUUUUUAAAAAGCCAGAGUGGACACUGGAGGAGGCUGCGAGCAGCUCCAAGCUUGAGCUGGACCUGGAACCGAAAAUUGCAUCGCAGCUGGAAUAAGGGACAGACGACAGCAAAGAACGGAGCUUAAAUCAAAGGAAAUGAAGGCAGCUACAGAGAUGAGUGUUUUUUAGAAAACCCAUCUUGAACUGAUCAUGGGUUCUUCCUGUGACUCUCUGCCAUUGCAUUAUCUGUAGGAGAAGAAAGACCCGAGAGUGAGUUUUGGAGAGACCAAGACAUUGUGCCGUGAUACUGAGUAGGGUCAUGGUAGACCACGUUAGGGGAAUACAUUUGAUCGGUACAAGGCAGAGAUGUGGGGGUUUUGUCCCAUGAAUGGCUCUUAAGGAGUGCUUUUUGUACCAACGCAGUUCAGUAAUGAUGUUGCAAAGACAAUGAGCCAGUUACACUCACAGACAAAGAAAUGCCUGUUCCUGGGAAGCCAUUUAAUCCCUCUUUUAUUUUUAUUUCUUUUUAUAAAUAGAGACCAAUCUGUUAACCUAGGCAAGGCAUAUUCAUCCAAAGGUACGGCCAACAUAGAUGUGAAGUCUCUAGAAAGGAUUUUCUUCAUUUAUAUCAUUGGAAUUUAUAUGGUAAUAUAUCAACAAAAAGGCAAUGCAUAUUAAAAUGUGUAUACUUCCACCAUAUUUGAUUUGCUUUUAAAAGGCAAUUGGCAUUGAGCUAGAAAGGAGAAGUCUAGUAGCUUGCAAAAUUUGAGAAACUAGAUUGCACCCUAAAUCAAUUUUAUGUUGAGAAAUGGAACAGUGAAAUUUGGUGAAUUCCACUUCAGUUCAAUUUAAACACUUUCAAGGUGCACAUAACAUUUUGAGAAAACAACUUAAGUUAUGUCACAUUCAGCGAAUCCAAAAAUGAUCUUAAUCUGUGAUGUGAUGGAAAUAUAGUUAAGUGGGAGGAGGAGAGUAUUCACCCAAAAUAUAGGGAGAAAAUGGCACUUGACAAUCAACAUUGUUUUGAGAAGCUUCUUA